UUUUUUCCUUCAAUUCACUUACAGAUAGUAUUUCGUAUCUAUUUAAUCGACGUUUAUAAUUUAACACUCCUAGUGUUCAUCAUCAACUGAGAUAAAAUGGAAGAAUGUUUAAGUUUAUUCCAAGAUUCCAUUCAACUUCAGAUCAAAGCUCUGAAUCUCUCACAUCCAUUAAUUCUAUUGAUCAAUUUUUCUCACUUGUACUGUAUGCUGUUUGCUUGGAGACAGAAGAAUCAACAGUUUUGGCGAGUGCUGUUUCAGAAUUCAAGAUUUCCGACACUAAAUUGAACAGUCAAAUCCAUUCUAGGAGGAAACUGGAUGACAUAGCUGGCUCCAUAAAUAUUGAUUGUGGAAUGUCAGAAGAUUCCAGCUUUACCGAUCCUAAAACUCACCUUCGUUACACUUCGGAUAGCAGAUAUAUUGAGACAGGAGUCAAUAAACAAAUACCUUUAGGCUUCAGUUCUGAAGCACAACUGCCAACUUAUCUAAUGAGUGUCAGAAGUUUUCCUCAAAGGAAAAGAACCUGCUAUACCCUGAUGCCGCCUGAAGGCAAAGUUAAGCUCUACUUCGUCAGAGCCACUUUCAUGUACGGAAAUUAUGAUAAUAUGGAUAAACUGCCGGAGUUCGGUCUAUAUCUUGGAGUUAAUUUGUGGGAUACAGUGAAGUUUGACAAUGCGUCUCACGUUGUAAUCAAGGAGAUCUUAUAUGUUCCUACAAUGGAUAACGUCUACGUAUGUCUCUUAAAUACUGGUGCAGGAACCCCUUUCAUUUCAGCUUUGGAGUUGAGGCAUUUCCACGAUUUCACUUAUAAAGCAGAAUCCGGUUCAUCGUUAACCUUAUUCCAACGAUUUAAUUUUGGUUCAUCUACCAAUGAUACAGUAAGGUACCUUGAUGAUGCUUAUGAUCGCAUAUGGUAUCCUUAUAACUGCGCACGAUGUGUUCCACUGAGUACUUCCUCUGCCGUUGAUUCCCUUAGACACACCGAUUUCAAUCUACCAUCAAAAGUGAUGCAAACUGCUGUCCGGCCCAUGAAUGUUAAUGAAUCAAUAAAUUUUCAUUUCAGUAUGGGGGAACCGUUUAUAAAUUUCUAUAUUUACAUGCACUUCGCUGAAAUUGAAAGUAUCCCAAGUCAAUCUAGAGCAUUCAACAUUACAGUGAAUGGUCAGCUGUUAGAAGAAGUUGUUUUGAAGUAUCUGCAGUCCACAACUAUUACUACUCCGCAGUCUAUCAGAGGAGCCGAGCUUACCAUCUCUCUUACUAAGCUGUCAAAUUCUAGCUUUCCUCCAAUUAUCAAUGCAAUGGAAAUAUAUUUGGUGAAUAAGUUCUGGCAGAAUCCCACGUACCAAACAGACGUUAAUGCUAUUGAGGAGAUCAAGUCUAGCUAUAAUUUGGUUAAAGGCUGGCAAGGAGAUCCAUGUCUACCUGCUCCUGCUUGGGAUGGCUUGAAAUGCAGUGACAGUCUAUAUAAUCCCCCAAGAAUUAUUUAUCUGAACUUAUCAUCAACUGGAUUAACAGGACGUAUCUCUUCUUCAUUAUCCAAUCUGAAAUUUUUGCAGCACCUCGACUUGUCAAACAAUAGCUUAACAGGAGGACUGCCUGAAUUUCUGUCUCGAUUAACAGAUUUGAAGACUCUGAAUUUAGAAGGAAACAAACUCUCUGGUUCAGUUCCUUCAGCUUUGAUCGAAAGAUCCAAUAACGGAUCAUUGACACUAAGAUUGAACGGGAAUCCGAAGCUUUGUCUUUCGUUACAAUGCAAAGAAAAGAAGAAAGGUAUUUUGGUUCCGAUAGUUGCAAUCGUUGUUCCACUAGCAGUCAUCUUACUAGCACUGAUUGUUUUGUGGAGAUACAAAGGGAGAAAAGGGAAGAUUGUCAAUACCCAGAAAGAAGAAGAGCCGCCCUUAAAGUCCGACAACAGAAAAUACACAUAUGCUGAGAUUGUCACGAUUACGAACAACUUUAGCACAAUCAUCGGAAAGGGAGGAGUGGGAAUAGUUUAUCAUGGAUGCUUGACUGAUGGAACUCAAGUUGCUGUCAAGAUGGUAUCUCCAACAUCAACUAAUGGCUCAGUUCAAUUCCAAACCGAGGCUAACCUGUUGAACAGAGUUCAUCACAGGAAUUUAGCUUCAUUUGUCGGUUACUGCUAUGAAGAUACUAACAUUGGGAUAAUCUAUGAGUACAUGGCCUUCGGAAAUUUGGGAAAAUAUCUAUCAGAUAAAUCAGUGGAAGCGUUGACGUGGAAAGAAAGACUGCAGAUUGCACUGGACGCAGCACAAGGACUAGAGUACUUGCAUCACGGUUGCAAGCCUCCGAUAAUUCACAGAGAUGUGAAAAGUGCCAACAUUCUAUUGAGUGAAAAUUUGCAGGCCAAGAUUGCGGAUUUUGGAUUCUCAAAAGAUUUCCCAUCUGAAAGUAUAAGUUAUAUGUCAACUGGAGUUGUUGGCACUGUUGGUUACCUUGAUCCAGAGUAUUAUACAUCAAGCAGGCUGACCGAGAAAAGUGAUGUGUACGGCUUCGGAAUUGUUCUUUUAGAGCUAAUAACAGGGCAGUCAGCAUUAAUUAAAAACCAAAACGAGAACAGUCAUAUUGUAAAUUGGGUAAGUCCUUUUGUUGACGGAGGAAAUAUAAGAAAUGCUGUUGAUCCGAGGCUACGAGGCAAUUUCGAUACAAAUUCUGUCUGGAAGUUCAUGGAAAUUGCAUUGUCAUGUGUCCCUAAUAUUUCCAGUCAAAGACCAUUGAUGAACCAUGUAGUUGCAGGAUUAAAAGAGUGUCUCGAUGCAGAAAUUGCUCGAGAACGGAGUUCCAGAUCGGAAGGGGAAGCCAUGACAUUAAGCGAUUCAUUUGAAAUAAGUACUGUGGAUCUUGGAAAUGGUUUGGGUCCACAAGCAAGAUAGAAAGGAAAAUGUUUUGUUUUUCCUAUGAUAACAAGGAGAAUAAAUUUUAAUUUUGAAUAUACAUCUCUCAUCUCUAUAACAGGUUAUGCCUGCUAUUGAUGUUUUUCUUGAUAAGAAAAGUUGUUGUAUUAAGCUGUAUAAUUGUUCAUUUAAAUUUGAAAUAAUUACUAUUUACCCCAUUUGUUUA